AUGGCGCCUCAUCCCUCGGGUGCGCCUGCUAUCCAAGGGACCCGCCAGGCGGAACAGCCCUUCCCGAACGCCUCGGAAGACGAAGUGACUUGUGCUGCGUCUGUCCCGCCCAGCCCCACUUCCAUGGCACCAGACGGCGCUGAGACCCAGGGGGGCGGCUGUCGAGGGGCGACUAGAAAGCACCGGGCGCGGCACGGGGGACGCAGCCGGCCCAAGAGUGAAUUGGCGCUGAGCAGGCAGCGACGAAGCCGGCGCAAGAAGGCCAACGACCGCGAGCGCAACAGGAUGCACAACCUCAACUCGGCGCUGGACGCUCUGCGCGGCGUCCUGCCCACCUUCCCAGACGACGCUAAGCUCACCAAGAUUGAGACACUGCGUUUCGCGCACAACUACAUUUGGGCGUUGACCCAGACGCUGCGCUUAGCUGACCACAGUCUCUACAGGCUGGAGCCGCCGGCGCCUUCCUGCGCAGAGCUGGGCAGCCUGGGUGGCGGCUCCCCUGGGGACUGGGGUUCCCUCUACUCCCCCGUCUCCCAGGCGGGCAGCCUGAGUCCCGCUGCUUCGCUGGAGGAGCUGCCCGGGCUUCCGGCGCACCCCUCCCCAGCAUGUCUGCGCCCGGGCGCCCUGGCCUUCUCAGACUUUCUGUGA